AUGGCACCCAAGAGGCGAUCUGGUAGGGCGGUGAAGACGGUGGUGACCACCACGAAGGUGGUGGAGGAGACCGUCGAGGUGGUGGUGGGCCCCAACGGAGGCGAAUCCGAGCCGGAAAAGCCUGCGCAGCAAGAGGAAGCGGCCAUCGGAGACGACCAUGAUGAAGUCGACGACGACGAGACCCAGCCGGAUUCCCAGCUGGAAGCUCCUCCCACGCCUCCGGAACCGGCCGCCGGAGCACAAAAACCGGUCGGACCGUCUACCCCGCGCGAGGACCGGGAGAAGAUGAAGAAGCAGAAGGUGGCCGGGAAGGAGAAACCGGCAGCCGCCGCCGCCGGCGAGGGGAGGAAGAGGAGGCGGCGGAGGGGAGGGGGGGCGGAGGGGUACAAGAGGUACGUGUGGAAGGUGAUGAAGCAGGUGCAUCCGGAUAUGGGGAUGUCGUCCAAGGCGAUGACGGUGGUGAACAACCUGAUGGUGGACAUGUUCGAGCGGCUGGCAGAGGAGGCGGCGAGGCUGCAGGGGCACGCCGGCUUGAAGACGAUGUCGUCGAGGGAGAUUCAGGCGGCAGUGAAGCUCGUCCUGCCGGGGGAGCUCGGGAAGCACGCCAUAGCCGAGGGGACCAAGGCCGUCACCAACUACGUUACCUAUGUGGCCGGAGGAAAAUAA